AUGGACGUCUGCACCUGGCGUCCUUGGUUCCGUGGGAAGACUCCCUACGAGAUUGAGAAGCAGCUGAAGCACAUUUUUCUUCGCGGCGAGGCACCCCGCACUGCGCCAGUGAAUGAUGCCUUCCAGGCGGUCCUGCGGUGGCUGUUGGCGGCGGAGGCCGACCCGCGGUAUUGGGCUGACCACCAGGGCACUGGGCGCAGGAUGGGUUUGACGUUGUUUUACAGGGUCAAUGGAUCCUCGUACAAGAUGACGGAGACUGAGUUUCUGCAGGCGUGCGAGGAGAACUCGUACAAUUUCGACCCGCUCCUCAAAGUUCUACGUUUGUCUGGCAAGAAGGACGCCUACAAGACAACAGGGUCUUCUGCCCCCGCGUCUUCUGUCGUGUGUUACAACUGCGGAAAGACGGGUCACAAAUCCGCGAUUUGUCCGCAACCAUCCCGGUACAGGAAAGGAGAGCCCAAGGCCAUCAUGGAGCGUCCUAUGAGCCGUACUUCCUCGUCCGGCACAAAAAACGGGAGGGCGGGGUCUGCGGUAUGA